GUGGCUUUCACUUCCACAUCAACCAGGUGGGUGGAGUUACCUCCUGUGGACCAAUCAGAUACCUCCCAGCACCAGAUUCAAGAGGUGAUCCAGGGGCUCAAGGGUUCCAGACACACAGACCAGCAGCAGCAGCAGCAGCAGCAGGAGAAGGAAUCGAAGCCAUGGAAGACCAGCGUGACCUCAUCUCCAACCAUGAGCAGGUGCCCAUCCUGGGUCAGCGCCCUCGAGCCCAGGAAAGGUGCAGCCGUGGAGCCCUGUACACCAGUUUUUCUGUCCUGGUGGCUCUGCUCCUGGCUGGCCAGGCUACCACUGCCUACUUCCUGUACCAGCAGCAGGGCCGACUGGACAAGCUGACUGUCACCACCCAGAAUCUGCAGCUGGAAAAUCUGCGCAUGAAGCUUCCCAAGCCAGCCAAGCCUGUGAGCCAGAUGCGGAUGGCUACUCCCUUGCUGAUGCAGGCGCUCCCCAUGGACAACAUGCUCCAGGGGCCUGUGCAGAAUGCCACCAAGUACGGCAACACGACACAGGAUCAUGUGAUGCACCUGCUCCUGAAGUCUGACCCCCUGAAGGGGUACCCUCAGAUGAAGGGGACUUUCCCAGAGAACCUGAAGCACCUUAAGAACAGCAUGGAUGGCAUGGACUGGAAGAUCUUUGAGAGCUGGAUGAAGCAGUGGCUCUUGUUUGAAAUGAGCAAGAACACCAUGGAUGAAAAGCCUACUGAGGCUCCAUCUAAAGCACUGACAAAGUGCCAGGAGGAGGUCAGCCACAUCCCCGACGUCCAUCCGGGUGCGUUCCGUCCCAAGUGCGAUGAGAACGGUAACUAUAUGCCACUCCAGUGCCACGGGAGCACUGGCUACUGCUGGUGCGUGUUCCCCAACGGCACUGAGGUUCCUCACACCAAGAGCCGAGGGCGCCAAAAUUGCAGUGAGCCACUAGACAUGGAGGACUUGUCUUCUGGGCUGGGUGUGACCAAGCAGGAUGUGAGCCCAGUUAUCAUGUGAGGACACAGAAGCAUCUCCAUUACCCAGUCUGCUCUGCACAGCUGCAGCUUUCCUGCACCCCUGCGCCUCCUCAGCCCUUUCCCGCUCCUUGACGUCCCAGUCCACAUCCUGUCUCCCUCCCUGCGUCUUAACUUCCAUCACAGGACUGGUGAGACUGGCGUCUGCUUCUUCAUUGUCCCUGGACGUGACUGAUAAAACCAGAACAGCAUGGGUGUGAUGAUACCAAAAGGCUCUGCUGCCCACUCCUAUCUAAAGGGACACAAAGCCCAGAGUGGGCUAAAGUUAGGCGAACCAACUCCCAUUUCUGACAUAGCAGUCUCCAACAUGGGGCUCUGAGAUCUAGGCCCAUGGUCAGGAAGAACCACCUCCCCCCCAAAAAAAGAGAAAAAAACCCUAGACUGGACACAUUUGCUGUCCUCUCAAGAACUCAGUCCCUCCUGAGUAACCCUUACUUACUUCCUGUCAACCCCCAGGUCCUCUGCUAGGCCAAGCUUGUCAGCAGCCCUUAGGGCCCUGUUUUGCGUGAGAAUAAAAGGUAGUAAGUGGAA